GUUAUAAAUACUUAGCAUUAUACUUAUUGAUAAAGUUUGAAAAUUAAUUCUUAUAUUAGUGUUUAAACAUAACGACUGUGUACAUCUAUGUAAACUUUAUGAUUAAUUGAAUUAAGCUUACUAUCACCGGUAGCGCGUAAAAAUUUAACCAGGCCUAGGCUCCGUGGGUUUGUGAUAAAGGAAAGUCUCUGCACACGAUUUUAAGACAAAACUUUUACUAGGCUAGGCAUCCUAAACUUAUAGACUGUUUUAUAGUUUGCUAAAUUAUCACCAGACGUUAUGAUAAUAAUUAAUUAAGUUACAUUCUAGAGUAUCCAACAGAUAAGCUUUUCGAAAAGUUAUUCUAACGUAAUGGGAGAAAAGGAAGGAAUUAUUAGUAGGAGAGGACUUGUUAAGAAACAUGCAGCUUUGGAUUAUGAGGUUUGGAAAUGGAAGACCAGGUUAGAGGAACAAAAUGGUUCUCAAAGAGUCACAAAAAAUGAAGUACAGGCCUACGCUUUGGAAUCUUACAAGUUAGCUGGAAUUGAAAAAUUUAAGGCAAGUGACGGAUGGUACAGAAGGUGGCGGCAAAGAUGGAAAAGCUCUGAUACAAAUAUAAACAAUGACAAAACUCCAAUUGAAGUGGAUGAAGAAAAUGAAACAGCCUCAACAAGCACCGGAGAUAAAGUUGCAAUACAGAAAUUUCCAAAAAAAAGACAGUGCCCUGAAACUAACAAGCAAAAAACAUUUAAACUAAUGAAAAUUGAGGAAAACAACAAAAAUAACAGAAUAACAGAAAAACUUAUAAAAAAUCCUCAAUAUUCAUUUGUGUUACCAGAUGAUACCACCUCAUGCCAAUCAGAAAAAGAAGAAACACAAGUUGCGGAUGCAAAAAUAAAUAAUUUGAUAUCAGAUGAAUCUAAUCCGGAUACAUUCAUAUUAAACAUGAAUUUUGUAAAAGUUCAAAAACCCAAGAUUUCAAAAGAACUGAAUUGUAAUCCGCUAUCUCCUAACUCUUCAACUUUUAGUAAUCCAAAUACAGUCACUUCAGAACAAACAUUACCGACAAAUUCUUGUGAGAAAGAUGAAUUAUCAGGAGCAGAGAAUUGUAUAGGUGGGCCUACUACACUUGACUUUGACAAAGUUAUUGUGGUCUCGGCUGGUGAACAAGUGAGAACAAAUCUCAAUCAAGAUGAACAUGUUUACGUAAAUGGUGUAGAAAAAACAGUAGAGGUUAUUGAAAACGAUGAAGUGGAAAACUUGUGGACAUUUGUUAAUCAAUACCAAGUUGGUACGAGUUUGAUUGACGACAAUCCAGGAUGUUCUCAAGCUGACAGUGGAAUCUCUGUACCUUCAAGGGAAACUGUAGAAACAACAUCUGAUCUGCUUAUAUUGUCCUCAAUAUUUGAACAUGAUGAAAUUAAUUUCAGUGAAAAUGAUCAUGAAUUGUUUUGUGAUUCUUGCGAAGACUUCCAUCCUCGUCAAAAAAGUCCACACGUAGAUUGUAAAAAAAAGAAAGAAAUGAGAAAUAAUUUUCUGCUGAGCUGUGCUUUAGAAAAGAAAGAAUCAGUUUCUGUUGCUAGUCUGUCGUGCGUGAAUAUAAAACGUGGGAGCUUUUCAACCAACAGUAGAAUCAACACUGGAAGUUCUCAACUCAGUAAUCCCAGUGUGGUGGCGCCGAAAGGGAAACGCUAUUUACAGCAGUUUAAGAAUCAAGUAGUAAACUAUGCCUUAAAACACAGUGUAAAACUAGCAGGGGAAAAGUUCAAAGUCAAUCGAAACACCAUUGCAGAAUGGCUUGCUGAACAUAGCAGAUAUUCAGCUGAAGUGAAACAUGUUAAUCAGGUGGUUGCAAGUGAUUCAGAGUUUCUGGCUUGGCUGGAGGGAUCAAAGUUCAACCUGACUAAUGAAUUAGUAAAACAGAAAGCCUUGGAGUAUUUACACACCGUUGAUCACACCAACUGUCGGCAGAGUCGGUGGUUGUGGAUGUACGCUCACAGAUUGAAUGGUAUGGAGAGUGUUGGUGUGAAGAAGCGCUACAUUGUGUAUCCAGAAGCAUUCAAACGUGCAGUUGUGUUUCAUGCACAGACACAUUCCAACAUGGCAGCAGCACGAGUGUUUGGUGUUGCUCGUAAGCGGGUCAUUGAGUGGCAACAGAAUUUGAAUGUCGAAAUGAAAAGUGACGUUACAAAAUCAUCAAAGUCCACAAAUGCCUACAAUGUUACUGAUGGAACAGUUGAUCAACAAGUUUAUGAAUGGUUUUGUAAACAAGAGAUUACGCCUACCAGCAGAGAGGUUCGCAACAAGGCUGUAGAACUGUACCGUGUUGCCGGCCACCAGGGUAUCCAGUGUGGUGCCAACUGGUACUAUAGGUGGCGCGCACGUCACAACCUGCCAGCUUCCCGUGAUCAAUUCUGUGCCAGUGUCACUCCACUGCUGAUCUGGACACUGUCGCAGUUGGACAACAACAAAUUUGUCAGUCAGAGUGCACUAGCAGCACAGGCAGCUUCACUUGGGCUUAAAAAGAUGUCUCGGGGGUGGACAUUCAGGUUUUGCAAAAAGUACAGUGCUUUACUACAAGCUCUUCCUGCGCCAGAGACCCCUCUGCCAGUAGAACUCGAACAGCUGGUCAGCGAGUACAAGCAGAAACUGCAUGACUUAAUCAGCAGACAACAGUUGUCAGAAGACUGUAUCAUAGCCUUGGACGAGAUACCAUUGCACCUCCUGCCUAAGGACAAAGCCAAGAAACCGCUGCUAAUAAGACGGCCUGGGUUCGAGUCCUGCCAGGCGACUCUCAUGAUCUCAUGCCUGGCCAAUGGAACUCUGCUGCCAACAUUGAUUGUGUUGAAGGGGUCUGGGCCUGGUCCUAACAAUGUCAGUGAUCCACGAGUGGUAGCGUUUGUUAAUGAUACUGGACAAGUAACAGACACAGUCGUGCAAGAAUGGCUGUCUUCAGUCUGUAACAAAAAUCUGCCAGGUGCAGGAGUGGUUAUUUUGGACAGCUUUGACAAGCACAUGACCCCAUCGGUGACUGAGAGUGCAGCAUCUCACAAUGUUCACCUAGCUAUCACUCCACCCGGCUGUGCCUUCAGGCUGUUACCCAUCACACACUUGUGCCACACAUUCAAGGUUAUGUUGGAAGAGAUGUGUCAAGUGUGGUUGUCCAGUCAGACUGCUACUCUAGAGUCUCCCUCCCCUGACCAGCUGUAUCUCUGGGCUGUACGAGUGCACAGGCAUAUUGCUAAACACUAUCAGGAUAAAAUGCUGAAUGAGUUUAAAAGUGUGCUACUACAUGAAUCUAGUCAAAGCACUUGUAAUUAAGGAUUUUUUAUUUUAUCUACAACUUUUUAUUAAAACAUUUUUUAAC